AUGAAGGAGUCGUUAGAUAGAUCAGAAUUGCGCAGAAUGCAAAGGGAGCAAGAGCGGGAACGACGCCGUAUAAGGGACAGGCAAAGAAGGCAGUCUAUGACCGUUGAACAGAGAGAACGACAUCUGGCUCGGCGUCGUAGGAACUAUCAACUUAGACGACUGAGAGCUGAGAAUGCUAAAGUUGAUUGCCAAUCUCAGCAAAUAAGCAAUGAACAUGAAGAAGCAGCAGCAGCAGCAGGAGGGAAUGAAGGGAAUGAUGCCCAAGAAGUUACUCAGACUGAAAAGCUAAGCGCCGAACGUCUGCAUUACUCUGAGUGCUUGGAAGCUGCAGCUUGUAAAUCGGCUAAUUUCACCAAACGGUUGCGUUUGAGUCAUAUAAGGCGGCUUGCACGAUCCUUGAAUCAUUUAGGGGGUGAAGCUAUUGGUAACCACCAAAUUGUAGCAGACGUGAUUACAAAGGGUGAUGCUAAUAAUACUUCUUGCUUCCGAAUUGGAGAUUUUGAUUCUGGUAGGCUGCCAAAUGGACUACGAUUGAAUCGUGUUAAACGUCUUGCACGGACAUUAAAUAUUGCUGCUCAUGAGACUUCUGUGAACUGCCCGAAAGUGGACCAGAAUGUGUCUGCGGAAGAGGUUCCAGUGACUGGUGAUGAUAAGCCUAAAUUUGGACAAACUAUCAGGGUCGGAGGAGAUGUUGAAGGACCCAACAUGGAUGAGAAAUCUGCAUGGAUGUGCUAA